AUGCUUGUUGUUUUGUUUUUUCUUUUUUUUUUACUUCACCUGGACAAUUCCCUGGGUGAUUCUAUGUAUGAAGGAAACCUCUACUCAAAGAAUAUCAGCAGGAUAUUGGACAACCUGUUAGACGGCUAUGACAACAGGCUUCGACCAGGAUUUGGAGGUGCUGUUACUGAAGUGAAAACAGAUAUUUAUGUGACAAGCUUUGGUCCUGUGUCUGAUGUGGAGAUGGAAUACACGAUGGAUGUUUUCUUCCGUCAGACAUGGACUGAUGAAAGGCUGAAGUUCAGGGGCCCAUCUAAGAUUCUAAGUUUGAAUAAUUUGAUGGUCAGUAAAAUCUGGACACCUGAUACUUUUUUUAGGAAUGGAAAAAAGUCCAUUGCUCAUAAUAUGACAACCCCAAACAAGCUCUUCCGUAUCAUGCAGAAUGGAACUAUUCUCUACACAAUGAGACUUACCAUCAAUGCUGACUGCCCCAUGAGAUUGGUUAACUUUCCUAUGGAUGGGCAUGCUUGUCCACUGAAGUUCGGGAGCUAUGCUUACCCCAAAAGUGAGAUCAUCUAUACAUGGAAAAAGGGACCUCUUUAUUCUGUAGAAGUUCCUCAAGAAUCCUCAAGCCUCCUACAGUAUGAUCUGAUUGGGCAGACUGUGUCUAGUGAGAUAAUAAAGUCCAAUACAGGUGAAUAUGUAAUCAUGACAGUUUAUUUCCACUUGCAAAGGAAGAUGGGAUAUUUCAUGAUACAGAUAUACACUCCCUGCAUUAUGACAGUCAUUCUAUCUCAGGUGUCUUUCUGGAUUAAUAAGGAGUCUGUGCCUGCUAGAACUGUUUUCGGAAUUACCACUGUUUUGACCAUGACCACUUUAAGUAUCAGUGCUAGGCACUCUUUGCCAAAGGUGUCCUAUGCAACUGCCAUGGAUUGGUUCAUAGCUGUGUGUUUUGCCUUUGUCUUCUCUGCCCUUAUUGAGUUUGCAGCUGUCAAUUAUUUUACCAACCUUCAGAACCAGAGAGGAAUGCAAAAGGUGUCUAGGACAGCGCUACCCUCAGUCACAACGAUGCCAGUGGAGGAUGAGAUUGUUUUGCGUCCUCAUUCCAAUUAUAAUCUGAAGAAGCGAGUGAACUCUCUGACCUUGCCAAAACUUCAGUCACCUGAGGUGAAGAAAGUUCUCACCAGAGCACCUAACUCACAGUGGAUGCCUGACAUGCCACUGUCACUGCCACCACCACCACCACCACCAUCGGCCAUUGGUGGCACAAGUAAAAUAGACCAGUAUUCCAGAAUUCUCUUUCCUGUGGCAUUUGCAGGAUUCAACUUGGUAUACUGGAUCGUUUACCUGUCUAAAGACACUAUGGAAGUGAGUAGUAGCAUUGAAUAG